CUGUCUCACCAGGGUUAUUUACUGUAACUUGCAGCCACAGGGCAAGGUCCGUGUGGGCAGACCUUUCCUUUGUCAAGGCCUCCCAAAAGCUCUCUGGACAGUCUGUCCAGAGUUUAACCUGGAAGAGCACAGCCAUGGUGCUCUGGGGUCCGGUGCUGGGAGCCCUGUUGGUGGUCAUUGUAGGGUACCUGUGCCUGCUGGGGCUACUCCGGCAGCGCAGGCCCCAGGAGCCCCCUCUGGACAAGGGCUCUGUGCCCUGGCUGGGCCAUGCCAUGGCUUUCCGGAAGAAUAUGCCUGAAUUCCUGAAGCACAUGCGGGCCAAGCACGGGGAUGUGUUCACAGUGCAGCUAGGGGGCCAGUUCUUCACCUUCGUCAUGGACCCCCUCUCCUUCGGCCCCAUCCUCAAGGACGUGAAGAGAAAGCUGGACUUCGUGGAGUAUGCGGAAAAACUGGUGCUAAAGGUAUUUGGGUACCAGUCCAUACCAGGCGACCACCGGAUGAUACACUCCGCCAGCACCAAGCACCUCAUGGGCAACGGCUUGGAGGAUCUCAACAAGACCAUGCGGGACUGCCUGUCCUUGGUCAUCCUGGGACCCGCGGGCCCGAGCCCGGAUGCCAGCAGCUGGCGUGAGGAUGGCCUCUUUCACUUCUGCUACAACGUCUUGUUCAAGGCCGGCUACCUGAGCUUGUUUGGCUACACGAAGGACACGGAGCAGGACCUGCUCCAGGCGGAGGAGUUAUUCACGCAGUUCCGUAAGUUUGACCGCCUGUUCCCCAGGUUUGUUUACUCCUUGCUGGGGCCCCGGGAGUGGCUGGAAGUGGGCCGGCUCCAGCGGCUCUUCCACAAGACCCUCUCUGUGAAAGAAAACCUGGAGAAGGAUGGCGUAAGCAACUGGAUAGCCUACAUGCUUCAGUUUCUGAGGGAGCAGGGGGUAGCCCCGGCCAUGCAGGACAAGUUCAACUUCAUGAUGCUGUGGGCCUCCCAGGGGAACACGGGGCCUACCUCUUUCUGGGCCCUCUUGUUCCUCCUGAAGCACCCAGAAGCCAUGCAGGCUUUGAGAGAGGAGGCCGCCCGGGUCCUGGGGGAGGCCGGGCAGUCUUUCGACUUCGACGUCAGUGCCCUGCAGCGCACCCCAGUGCUGGACAGCGUGAUGGAGGAGACGCUGCGGCUGGGGGCAGCGCCCACCCUGCUCAGGGUGGUGCACGAUGACCACGUCCUGACGAUGGCCAGUGGGGAGGAGUACCGGCUCCGCAGCGGAGACAUCGUGGCCCUCUUCCCUUACCUCUCGGUGCACAUGGACCCUGACAUCCACCCCGAGCCCACUGCCUUCAAGUACGACCGCUUCCUCAACCCCGAUGGCAGCCGAAAGGUGGACUUCUACAAGGCAGGCAAAAAGAUCCACCACUACACCAUGCCCUGGGGCUCGGGGGUCUCCAUGUGUCCCGGCAGGUUCUUGGCCCUCAGCGAGAUGAAGCUCUUUGUCCUGCUCAUGAUCACACACUUUGACCUGGAGCUGGUGGACCCCGACACGCCUGUGCCGCCCGUGGACCCCCAGCGCUGGGGCUUUGGCACCACGCAGCCCAGCCAUGACGUGCGCUUCCGAUACCGCCUGCGGUCCCCUGAGUGAGCUCUGCCAAGGGGGGCGCAAGCCUGGCCAGAGGGGCUCCCUGAGGAGUCUUCACCUCCUCUUGCUCCUGUGCAGCCAAGACCCCCACCGACUACUGUUCCCUGGGGUUCUGCGGCACCCCUACCUCUGUCCUGGUGGUCCUCCUUGCUCUCUUGUCUCCUUCUAGUCACCUCACAGGCUUACCAUUCUCUCGCUCAAGCCCCCUCACAGUGGGUUCUGCAGGCCCUCCUUUCACAGGAAGGCCAGAGGAAGGGAAAUGUCCGGAGGCAGCUCAGUUUGGGAGGUGACACAGGCCUCCACCAGUCCUGCGGGAUAGAAGCGGGUACCCACGAGGAGCUCAGCAAUGUGACCUACAUCUCCCCCCCUCCACCUUAAUUUUCCCCCUCAAUACUAUUCCAUGUCUUCUGGAAUUCAUUCUAGAACCAUGUUGUCCAAUAGCAAUACAAGGCAAGCCACAAGU